AUGCCUAGAGCACGAGCUCCAACCAAGAUUUCCAAAGAUGGGGAGAGGAGUGCAAACCAGCCAAAAUCGUGCUGGAAAGAUAAACUGACUGAUCAGCAAUUGGACCGAAAGCGUGCUGCUGACCGGGCGCUGGUCCGAGAAAAUCGAAACCGAGCUCGGCGCACGAUCGCGGUUCUUCAAGAGCGGAUUGAAUUGCUGAGUAGCCAGCAGCCCGAUCGAGUCAUCGCAGAUUUAAUGCAAGAAAAUGCUGCCCUUGAGCGGGCGAAAACCGCCUUGCGGGAUCGAUUGCAAUCAGUAUGCGUGGCCACCGGCAUUAGUCGAGAGGAGACGCAUGAGUUGAUUGCCAGAUUGGAUCCAGGCGAUUCGGCAUCGGCAUCGAUCACAGGACGACGUGACUCAACAGGAACCGGAUAUGCCCAAGAACCGCUCUCGUCGAUGGACGUGGCCGUGACUGUGGCCGGGCCAUCGAGCCCAGCGGAACAAGGAGAAAGCACCCAUAGCAACUCGAAUUCUCAUGGUCGAGAAGCGCGCUCUCUCGGCCAGGAAAUCAAGACAAAGACCGAUCUCACGGUGGAACUGAACUUUCGUAUGCGCGUACCAAAUUCGCCCUCGCCGUUCCCAGGCAUCUGUGUGAAUAUGGACCAGACGAGCUGCCACGUCGACUUCUCGGACGACGAACUCCUCGAGUCCAUCAUGCUCUGGAGACGGAAAUCCCCAAACACGGAAACCGUUUUUGGCCUGGCCUCCCAGAUCUUUCACGUCGACCGUACCCCCGGUUACUUGACGCAGGACAAGUUAUCUGCCAUGGCCUGUAUCCCCAGUCUUGUGCAGUUGGUGGUACAGGACCUGGAAUCAUCGCAGUCUGGCUUGGAUCUCACGGCUCUGAUGCCGCCGUCCCACGUGCCACCGGAGACAACAGUCUCAAACGUGAAAAAGGAGCUCCUUCUCUGUGCAUUUGAGGCCAUCAAGCACUGGAAGUACUGCUCUCAAGUUGCCAGGAUCACCAUGUUCUGGGCCUUAUACCGCAUGCUGAUGCUACUCGUUUUCCCAACACCUAAGAACCUGUCCAAGUGCCCAGUGUGGUAUCGACCUCUUCUUGUCCAGAUGUGGAACCCUCAUCCAUCGUUCAUAGACUUCAUCCCAUGGCCACGGAUCCGCGCACAUCUCGUGCAUGAUUGGCAGUCAUAUCAGGCGCAGAACCUUUACAGUUCCUUUGUGGAGAAUUUUGACAUUCACACUCCACUGGGCUCUCAACCGAGAGGCUUGUUCCGCAUCACUCCCAAUGGCUCCGAGCUUGAAAUCGAUCCCCGAGCGGAGAAAUGGUUCCAGGACCUGAGCAGCCUUCGCAUGCAUCGAGGAUUUGUAGACUCCUUUCCGGAAUUUGCUCGUUUCGUCCACAUCAGCGACUCUGACCUCGAGUUCAGGACGGACUUCAACAUCUCCAAGAACGACCUGAGCUUUAUGAGGAUACCCAGAAUCGUCACUGAAAGUCCUCCAGAGACAAGUGCAGUGCAUGAACAAUGGUCUACGCCAAGUCAACCGGUUCCGUCGGGCUUAGAACUACCUCUCGCAAGUACGGAGAGGAGUGACACAAUGGCCAAAGACGGUUCAAACCCGAACAUGGUGUCAAACUCCGGUCCGGUCGUGUUCAAUGCCCACGUCCAAGGCUGUUUGCCCCCUGGUCAUAACGCUUCAUCCGUCGCUAGAGAUGACGGCCAAUCGGCCAAUGGCUCGGUCGAGACGAAAUUAUCACCUUCAACGACGGCUGAAGUCAGGGUUAGUGGCACGUCUGUGCCCAUGGAAUUCACAAAGUCAUUACAUCGUCCGGUCGAAGCCUCGCCGGCGUAUCCCCACAAAGAUGCCAGGUUUGGGGAUUUCAACCCGAUGCCCCCCAGUUGCGAAACUCCGGGCUACCAGAUCGAUCCGUCUCUCAUGGAAUGGCAAGUUCCUGUGCCUUGGUCAAUGCAACUAGACGAUUCCCGGCUAGGAGAAUUUUUGUUCUCUGUCUAG